UGCUGCAAUGUUUCUGACUUUGGCAAAUUAUUUUAAUUCCAUUCACUUAUAUGUAUUGUGCAUAAGAGUAAAUAUAAGAUCAAACCUAAGCAAAGUCAGUUUAGUACUUAAAGUCUUAAACUGCAUGCGGCCGAUCUGGAGUUUGUGUUCUGUUGCUGCCGAUGCCUUUCCUCACAGGCGAUGGCGGAUGCGCGCGCCGCCGCCGCCGCCAUCGCCGCCCGUCGCGGCGUUGGACAAAACCCGAUCCGCCGUUGGGCGUCGGCACGUCGCAGAGCGCCGCUGUUGGGGCCUCCACUGCUUCUCUGCUGCCGCGGCGACAGGAUGAGCUCUGUUCUUACUCGCACACGAGGUGUUCGUUGAAAUGCUUCGGAGUCGGUUCGCUUGCUAAUCAGGUUGCUUCUUGAUGUCACAGGGAAAGCACACAUAUCGAGCAUGGCAUUCACGGGCGCGGUGGUCGUGGACGACGACGCCGGCCGCGCCGUGGUGAGCGCGUGCGUGGCGUGUGGUGCAGGUGCAGCAGCUAGCUCUCGUUGCUUCCGGCGAAACGGGCAUGACGUCAUCCAGCAUGUGGGACCAGCGGGCCCACCUGUCAGAGGAGCCGGAACUGCGGCCCCACCUGUCAGCGAAGGGGGACAACUCCUUUAAAUUGCGGCCGCCUUGGCGCUGACGCUGAGAGCCCCGAGCCGUAACAAACUCCUCUCCUCUCGCCGGAGAGCGCAAGAAACCAAGCGGCGCGCCGCCUCCGCCUCCGCCUCCGCUGCUCGCCGACCGGAGAGGCAAGACAUCAAGAGCCCCGCCGCCGCCGCCUCUGCCGCUCGCCGGAGGGAGGCAAUGGAGCAGUUCCACGACGGGCACCACGUGUGGCUGCGGAGCCGCGCCCAGGGCACGUACCUCCGCGCCGACGACGACGGGAGAGGCGUCUCCAUGGGCCAGGGCCGCGCGUCCGUGCACGCGGCGUGGACGGUGCACACGCACCACCUCAACGCCGGCGACGUCGACAUCCUCAUGCUCCACAGCGCCGCGAACGGGCGGUACCUGGCGACGGGGCUCGGGUGGACGCGGCGGCGCCUCCUCAGCGGCAACCGCGCCAGCAUCAUCCUCCGCGAUCUCGACCAGGAGGUGUUCCCCCCCGCCUGCUGGUUCGCUAUCAGGUCGGGGUGGGGGGACGACGUCCUGCUGCGUCACUGCAGCUGGCGCUUCCUCCGAGCUGACGACAGGAAAUGGAAUUGGAAUCGGAAUGGCACCGGCGUCAUCGCCGACAUGAUCGACGGCCGCCGCCUGGCGAGGUGGCAGUGGGUGGUGGAGGCCAUCCCCCCGAGGAACUCCAUACCUAGGCCUCCGAAUCCUUCGCCCUCAUUCGGUUUCUUUGCGCGUCGCAUCAUUUUCCGGCGAUUAACACAUAAUGAUUUACAAUGGGUUUGGAUCUGGUUCACUGGGAGGUCUGCGCUCCAUCUAUGGAACCAGCUGUCGAGACGAAUGGGCUUCGAACCAGACCCCAACUCCACUAUGUGUGUUAGAGCAGGAACCUACGGACGGCUGACUCCUCUGGUGACCGAUCUGCCUCGCAACAAUGCGACAAUGGUGAUAUUCGUUCUCCCACCUGAGUCAUUAGCUGGUUUGGGGUUGACGUGCCCCAAUGUUCAUGCCGCCUAGAGGAAGACAGAAGAACUACAGGAGCAGAACCCCUGACAGUCACUUGUUCAUUCGUCCCUUCAGAAAAUUACGCUGCUUCAGAUCGAAUGACAGAGAACUGAAUGUCUUCUCUCUCUCUCUCUCUUUGGUAUCAACUCUUCUGUUUCCCGGUCAUUAGAUAUUACUGGCCAUUGUGCUCUGAAGUUCACGAACUGCAUUAAGCAACUAAGGAGAAUGUGUACCUGGCAAUUGUGUGUUCUGACAUUUGCUGUAGUUUCUCCAUCGUUAUCUGUGAUUCUGUAUGACACGAGUGAUGAUCAUCCAUACAUUUGCAGAAGUGAAAUGUUAUGCUCAAGUCUGAAAUAUAGAUCAGGCAACUCUGCAAAAGCUGAUCCUGUAUUUUUCAUGCAGAAGGGUUGUUUUAUGUUUUCCCUUUUGUCUGUUGCAAUGCAUCCAUCCACGUACUGAAACUUUUAUC